UCCGAGAGAGCUCCCAGCCGUCGCCGCCUCCUCCCCUCCCUCCCUCCUCUCUUCUCCUCGCCUCCUUCCCUCCCACCCCGCCAUGGCUCCCUAGAAGAGCCAGCCGCCCGCCCGCCCGCCAGAGAUGACCGGGGUGUUUGACCGAAGGGUCCCGGCUAUCCGAUCCAGCGAGUUCCAGGCUCCCUUUCAGACCAGCGCGGCCGCCGCCAUGCACCACCCGCCCCAGGAGUCGCCCACCCUGCCCGAGUCUUCGGCCACGGAUCCUGACUAUUACAGCUCGCCCGGGGGAGCUCCGCACGGCUACUGCUCGCCUUCCUCGGCUUCUUACGGCAAAGCGCUCCAUCCGUACCAGUACCAGUACCAGGGCAUGAACGGCACGGCCGCCGGCUACCCGGCCAAAGCCUACGCAGACUACAGCUACUCCAGCCCUUACCACCAGUACGGCGGCGGGGCUUACAGCCGGGCGCAGAGCGCGGCCAGCCAGCCAGAAAAAGAAGUGGCCGAGCCUGAAGUGCGGAUGGUGAACGGCAAGCCAAAGAAAGUGCGCAAACCGAGGACUAUUUACUCCAGUUUCCAACUGGCCGCCUUGCAGAGGAGAUUCCAGAAAACCCAAUAUUUAGCCCUGCCUGAACGAGCCGAGCUGGCUGCCUCGUUAGGCCUCACGCAGACACAGGUGAAAAUCUGGUUUCAGAACAAACGGUCCAAAAUCAAGAAGAUCAUGAAGAACGGCGAGAUGCCUCCAGAGCACAGUCCCAGCGCCAGUGACCCCAUGGCUUGCAACUCUCCACAAUCUCCUGCGGUUUGGGAACCCCAGGGCACCGGCCGAUCGCUCAGCCACCAUCCCCACGCUCACGGGGCGAACUCGAAUCCAUCCCCGGCCUCCAGCUAUCUGGAGAAUUCUUCGUCCUGGUACUCCGGCGGUAACGUUCUCAAUGCCCACCUGCAACCCCAUAGCUCUCUACAGCACCCAUUAGCUUUGGCGACCGGGACAAUCUAUUAGACUAGGAUUGCCUUUACUUUAAAACAAAAGGCGUAUUUCCUUGGCCCUUUACCUUAUUUUUUUGGACUCUUGACCUUUUGUUCUGAACCUUAACAAAAUUGCAUACGGGACUUCUUCUUCUUUUUAUUUUAAGGAAAGGAACCUAUACAGGAUGAACCGUGUAAAGCUUGUGCAUGUAACUUAUUGCAUUUCAAAGGAAACCCCCACCCUCUUUUGUGUGCGUGCGUGUGUGUGUAUGUGUGUGUGUGUAUUGUUUUUUUUAAAAAAAACAGACGGACUUGGGGGUUGCUAUUUCUUUGGGUUAUUUUUUAUUAUUAUUAUUAUUUUCAUCAAUUGUGGACACUUUCAAAGGUGCCUUGAAAUCUGAUGACCUCAACUUUUUUCCAGAGACACUUUUUUUGCAAUGUCCUUUUAACCCUGUACAUAUGUGUAGAUAGAGGAAUUAAACUGUAUAUUCUGAAUAAAUAAAAUUAUUUC